ACAGGUGUAACAGGCUGAUGAAAUCAACAGGUGUAACAGACUGGUGAAAUCAACAGGUAACAGACUGAUGAAAUCAACAGGUGUAACAGACUGGUGAAAUCAAAAGGUGUAACAGACUGGUGAAAUCAACAGGUGUAUCAGACUGAUGAAAUCAACAGGUGUAACAGACUGGUGAAAUCAACAGGUGUAACAGACUGAUGAAAUCAACAGGUGUAACAGACUAGUGAAAUCAACAGGUAUAACAGACUGGUGAAAUCAACAGGUGCAACAGUGAUUAAAUCAACAGGUGUAACAGACUGGUGAAAUCAACAGGUGUAAAAGACUGGUGAAACCAACAGGUGUAACAGACUAGUGAAAUCAGGUGAAAAAUAUACGAAAUAACAGUGAUAAAAUCUAGUAAAAAAAGUAGUGAAAUAGGCAAGUCAAACAGAGGAGUCAGACACUACAAACAAACUAAAUCCAACAAACAAUUCAAACUAAGUGAAACAGAGGAACAGGGAAGUGAGAGAGGCAAAACCGACCGAUUAUAAUAAUCGUCAAAUAUUUUUUUAUUACUAUACUUAAUUGUGAUUUCUUCUGUGUUCUUACGAAUGCUUAAUCCUGUAGAUAAUAAGGCAAAAGUUCUAGGAUUAGUAGAGAAAGCGAGUGAAAUCUGUCCAGUAAAAGGAUUACAUUAUGCAAAGAGAUAAUCACGUAUAGAGAUUGGGUGAGGCUGAAGUUGAUGAGUGGAUUUAGGAGCGUAUGGGACCUCCUCUGUUGUAUCCAGUUUGAUUGUGGUACACUCGGUCUCCAAAGAUUUUGAGAGGGAGAAGUUUGGGUUCCUGCCCUAGGUCUAUGUUAUAUCCUCGCAUUACUUGCUAAAGUGACCUCUAGUGAUUCUAGUGCCACAGUGAAACAGCACUGCUAUAAACAGUGCCACAGUGAAAUAGGUCUGCUCUAAACAGUGCCACAGGUACGUGGGCAUCACGGCCACAAUUUGUGAUAAAUUGAACUUCCACUGUUGUACGAGUGAAUGGUUGUUUAUUCUAGGUGCCACAACGAUGUUUCGAACAAUGCCACAGUCGAUUUCAGUGAGUCACGGGAGUUGAACUCCAUCAAGACAAUCGUCAACAUAUACCCAACUGGUCUUCCGCCUGUUCAAAGGUUCAUUAACUUCGCGUGAACAGCCAAAUUAUGGUAGUGAUUCUAAUAACCUAAUUAAGAGAACUAUUGUUAAUCAACAAUGAUCAUUUACAGUAAAGUUUGCGAUGUUUAGAGUGGUGGUAUCAUGCUGGAAAAAUAUUUCUUUACACAUCAGAGGAAUUAAAAUAACUUUCCUGAUAAAGGCUUUCCCGUGUUGUCUCACGUCAGCAAAGGCUUGCGAGAACAUGUCUUUUCUUGGUAAUUAUACUUUAGAGACAAAAGGUUUCAAUAGCCAGGAAGGUUCAACGAGGAACAGACUGUUUCACCUCCACAAAUGAAUCGCUAAAUGAAGUUGGAAUGAAACCUAGAAGACACACACAGGAAUAAUUAACACUGGAAGGUGGGUAAAGAUAGAGCUAUAGACUGAUCAAGCGGGUGUACGAGCAGUUGAUCAGAUGGACACUGUUCUUACUAUGCAACACUACACAGGAAAUGCAAAUUGUAGAUGACAUGGCAGGAGGACGAAGAUACAAUGCCAGGUAGAGUAGCGGCUCUGGGAUGUGGGUUAUGAUGGUGAAGCGGCCUCUGAUGAUAGUGACACGAGUGGCCAGAUGUGAACACCGAGGCCCCAGUAUGGACGUCUCCUAGGAUGGUGACUCCUCACCCUUCAUAUGAUGAGGAUACUCCAUAUUUAUAGCGGACUACGUCAGUCUGAAAAGACAUUAAAAAUACAGGCGCUAUUGUGGGUGUGCUUGUGGGCGGGGGUCGUACGUGGUUCGGGCAGCGAGUGUCCAAAACUCUGCGAGUGUAAGUGGAAAGACGGGAAAGAGACAGUGUCCUGCAUUAACACUGAGUUUAUCGAUAUUCCACGCAACCUUGACCCGUCCACACAGGUACUAGAUAUGAAGCAUAACAACCUCCAGAUUCUGCCUCGCGAUGCCUUCGUUGACACGGGUUUAGUAAACCUGCAGAAGCUCUGGCUAAACUACUGCAAUUUGAAUCGUUUGGAUCGUGGUUCCUUCAAUAUGCUGGCCAAUCUUGUGGAGCUAGACCUGAGUCACAAUCUGCUGCGCACAGUACCCACAGCAGCGCUUAUCGAUAUCCCUGGCUUGAGGGAACUUCGCCUUGCAAGCAACGCUCUCACUAACAUUCCCCCCGAUGCUUUUGCACCUAUACCAGACCUCGUUCACUUGGAUCUCUCUCACAACAGAAUACAUAAUGUUGAUCAGAAGGCUUUCCGGUGUCUCUCAUCUUUAGAAAUUUUAAAGUUUUCUAGCAACAUGUUAGUACAUUUACUCCAAGAACUUCUCGUACCUCUGAAGGCGCUUCACGGUCUCAAUCUCAACGAAAAUCCAUGGAACUGUAAUUGCAGUCUUCGCCCCUUACGCCAGUGGAUGCUAAAUCAUAAAAUUUCCAGUGUUGUACCGCCUAACUGCGCUCGUCCUAAGCGCCUCAGUGGGCGUAGCUGGCAAACGUUAGCCUUAGACGAAUUUGUGUGCCCCCCACAAAUCACUGCCAUAACUCUGAGGGUUAUUGCCAGCCGUGGAGACAACAUAUCGCUCAUGUGUCGGGUUGAGAAGGACUUGGAAGUCUCUAUCACCUGGCUUCACGGAGAAAGGCCUUUAAAAAACACAAGUGAAACAAGGCGUUACCGUGUGCUGGAUCUGGUUACACCUAAUAAUACUAUGCUUAUUUCUAAUUUAACAAUUGUAGGAGUCGUAUCAAAAGACAAAGGGACAUAUAAAUGUGUAGCAGAAAACAAGGCGGGGCGUAGCGAAUCAAAUUUGACAUUGAAAGUAUCUAAUGCUAUAAGUGAGGUACGGCUCGUGUCCAUUGACAAGGCAUACAUGACCGGCGGCCUUCUAAGUGGUUUAGGAUUUCUGGUCACCGUCUUACUUCUUGUGAGCUGUAUCAUUCACCGUCGGCAGAGAGUGCAGAGGUUUCGUAGACAAGAGGAGGACAGAGAAGGUAGAGUUGUCCAAGGUACUUGCCAGACCAGCAAAUCAGGACCUCCUAAAAUCCAACGUAAGCCCUCAGAGUAUAAUGUUAUUCCAUCCGGGGACCCUGAAGUUCCGCCUGUUCAUCCAUUGCCAACCCACACGCCGUGGAUGGCGAGGGAGAUCGUCAACGGCGGGUAUCCUCCUGCGAAUUACUUGGAAAACGGUAGAUACGAUGAUUCCAGCCUCGAUAGGUACCGGGAAGAAAUAAUCGAUGACCUAAGAGAGCAACAGGUGUCUCCGAGCACGAUAUCCUACGUAGAACCGCCUUCGACGGAACUAUCUAGGCGGCGAAGUGACCUUACAGACAAGGAGUCUCUGAAGAACCUCGAGUUUGAAACAGACAUUCUUAGACGCGAGUGUAGCCCCACUGGUUCUACCGUCUCGGUGGUGAGCAAUGGCCAGUUGAAUAACAUUCUCAACCUACCUUACUCUCGACGGCGGGACCUACAGAGCUUCCAGGCAUUAGACUUCAAUACCAUCGCCAAAAAACACCGUCCUCUCUUCUAUGAAGACAGAAGACAUGAGCGAUUAGUAUAUGAUCCCUGUUCUCUAAACGGCAGAUGCUACAGCGCUCUUAACCUGGCGAUGAGUGAUGCUGCUACACACGCCUUCUACCCCAGAGGGAGGCGCGCUACCAGCAGGUAUCCCUCCCUUCUUCCCACGCCCAUGCUCGACCCAGAUCACCGCUUCGGCCACGCCCACGACGCCCGCAGACUCAGGAGGCUCUUGGCUGCUAAUAGAGGCGUGUACCGUUCUCUGGAAGGUACAGGCGACUUGUCAAACUGCUUCCGCUACCAGUACCACGCCGCCCAGCUGGAGAACUACUUGAAGGAGUACCGUAACCUACAAAAGCGUCUCUACAGGAUGAAGGAGUCUCGCGAUCCCAUCCACAGGGCAGGUUCAUCCUCCAGGCUGACAGCUUUCUCCGACAGUCUCGACACUUCUGGGAAAGUUCUCAGUGAUCUUGCCAGCAGUCUGUCACGGGACGUCACGGGCAGCCUAACGCGUGACAUCACUAGCGGAUUCAGCCGGGACAUCACCCGUGACCUCGCUGGAAGUCUCUCUCGUACUGGCAGCCUGACCCGUGACGUCACGGGUAGCCUGAGCCGUACUGGCAGCCUGACUCGGGACGUCAAAGACAGCUUGUGCCGGACUGGUAGCCUUACCCGUGACGUCACUGCCAGCUUGAGCCGUACUGGGAGUUUGACCCGUGACGUCACAGGCGGUGUAAGCCUGUUUCCCUCCUCUGCCAGCCCGUCGACUCCAGGCUCCCCCUUCCUCGACAUGGAGCUGGGUCGACCUCGACGCCGAGCCAGGGCCGCUACGGAGCCGCUACUCGACGUGUCGCGUCCUGGGGACCUAGUACACAGGAAGUCCAGCCUUGGCAUCAUAUCGGGCACAACAGUGGGGCAUUCUGAUGCAGUAAGAGAGGUACUUAAAGGAAGAGCACGCGGACCUUCCGAUUCGGUUAUAGACGCUAUGCACAGUCGGUCGGUAGCUAAUUCUGAAUCCAUGAUCGAGUCUCUGCAAAGUCGGGCGUUAGCUACGGCUGACGGUGUAAGAGACGUUAUGCAAACCCGGGGUCUAGGGCCUUCAGAGUCCAUGUUGGACGCUAUGCAGGGACGGGGUUUGGGCUCCGUAGCGGACGCUAUGGUGGACAUGGGAUCUGUGGAAUCACAGAGGCCAUCUGAACCUCUCAGAUCGAUUUUAAAGAACCGGUACGAGGGCGGCGGACUGUUGUACCAGGAUAAAUACACGAACAGUGCCUACUAUGAAGACGAUGACGAACGUGAUGAGGGAACUACCUACAGCCCUACAGAAUAUAAAGACUACCUCGACCAUGGCUCCUGAGUCACAUCUGCCGCCACCCAUCACGCACUAGCUGUUAUGAAAAAUUAGGAGACAACUUUUUAUAUUGCCGACUGCUCUUGUUGUCUGUUGUUGUUGUUAAAGUUAGAUGCCUUCGGGAGCCAAAAGCUGUCGUUUCUUUCUCUCUCAUCCCUCUUGUCUGUUGUCUGCCUCCCCUGGUGCUACAGUGCUACGUAGGAGUUCUUCCUCAUAUUGCUUGCUCAUUUCCCAUUCUAUCUCUACUCUCAAAUAGAAUAUCUUACGUUUAGGUCUCUACUUCGCUCUACAACUGUGACACGAGUGUAUUUCGUUGAUGGUGCGUGUAUACAACGAAACAGAUGGGACGCCACGUUACGGUCAAAUGCAGGGAUCCCCAGCCUGCGGCCCGUGGGCUACAUGUGGCCCUUCUAGGAAAUGGAUGCGGCCCUCAAAGGAAAUUAUAAAUUCACUCAUAUGUAGGUUCCACACUGCACAGUGUCAACAAAUCAGUGUGGCACUCGUCAUACAUUUGACCAUUAAAUGGCACCCACUUGUGUACCAAGGUUGGGGACCACUGCAUUUUUAUCUCUAAUUUCCAGUUACCUUUUUUGGUCCACAUAUUACCAUUGUUACUGUCUCUCUGGGCUUUUUACCUUUUUUUAAACCCUGUCUUUAUCUCUCACAGAUUCUUGGAAAUAUUUCCAAUAUUGCAAAUAUUUAAUGAAUAUUUUUAAGACAGGAUUCAGAUACCUGUGAAUUAUAAUCAUGGGGGGGCGCUAAACUCGUGGGAUUAUACAGCGCGUGGGGGGGGGGAGGUAUUCAGGCUCAUUUCAGGGAACUGGAGCACAGAUCCAAUUCCCUAGAUCAAGAGCCCCUCACCAGCAUCAAGGAGCCUCCCUUGAGGGGUGAUAUCUGCGAAAGCCUUUGCAGUAUGUUGACUUUCCAGUAUAUUAACGUUAGUAUCUGAUGAUUGUGUGGUUAAAAGGUCUUAAGGGUUAUUUAAAAGGCACGAUUCGUGUCCAGAAUUUUGAUAUGCUUUUAAAAAUUAUUUCUUAAGGGUUGACACUCUACACUCCCCUGGAAGGUGAUAAUCCCACAAGGAGGAUCGAGCCUCCAGCGUUUCACGCAAUUACCAUUUCUUUUAUGGUUAUGUACUAUUAAAUAAGGUUGGUUGGUUAUGGGGGUUUGAAGCCUAUCGACUGCACGAGGGUCAGGCUGCAUGUAACCUUUCAUCACCAGGCAAGAAUAUUCUAAUCCUCACAAGAGGGGUUAAAAUUAGCUCUGAACAUAUAUACACUGAGAGAAAUACUAAUUUCUGAGUAUCUCCUGUGUUUAUUUUGACAUUUUAUUUCUGUGUUUUUCGUAUGUAUUCUUGUAUUUUCAUUUGUCUUCAUGGGGAAGUAGAAAAUAAUCCUUCCUCCGUAAGCCAUGCGUGUCAUAAGAGGCGACUAAAAUGCCGGGAGCAAGAGGUUAGUAACCCUUUUCUCCUGUAUACAUUACUAAAUUUACAAAGGAAAUCUCUGGUUAAAAAAUAUGUAUAUUAUCUGUGAUUAUGUAUAGUCGUAAAAAUAUUAUGAAUGUAAUUUUAAAUUCAUUAAUUACAUUAAUAAUUAACAGUAUACAAUUUAAAUUUCACAGCUUCAUUUAUAUUUUGAAAAUUUUUUGAGAUGAUUUUACAAAGCUGGAGAGUAGAGUAUAUGGAGAAAAAGAAAGCGGUUAAAAAAUGGUGAGGAAGUGUAAACGAUGAGUAAAUGAGAGUGUGUUGGAAUGUUGGAAUAUUCUGAAUAACUCUUAAAUGUUGAUGAAGAAAGGGAGGCAGUGAUUUCAUGCAUUGGACAGGGAAGUAUAACAUUUAAUUGGGGUGAGGAAGAGCCAGAUGCGAGUAUGGGGAAGGUGCGUAAUACGGUGGGUGGAUUAAAGGGGGCAAAGCAGCUGGGAUUGAUGGGAUAAACACAGAAAUAUUAAAAGCAGGUGGGGAUAUAGUUUUGGAGUGGUUGGUGGUUUUAUUAAAUAAAUGACUGAAAGGGGGAAGGUACUUAGGGAGUAGCAGAGAGCAUGCAUGGUUCCUUUUGUAUAAAAGAAAAGGGGGCACAAGGGAGCAUAAAAAUUAUAGGGUAUAAACCUGUUGAGUAUAUCUGGUAAAGUGUAUUGGAGAGUUAUUAUUGAAAGAAUUAAGAGUAAGACGGAGAUGAUGACCACAAAUGAGCAAGGAGGCUUUAGGAAGGGUAGGGGGUGUGUAGUCCAAGUGUUUACAGUGAAACAUAUAGGUGAAUAAUAUUUAGAUAAGGAAGAUUUCGUUACUUUUAUGGAUUUAGAAGUCAUAUGAGAGUAUGGAUAGGGGAGCAGUGUGGUAGAUGUUUCAAGUGUAUGGAACAUGUGGUAGGUUACUGAAAUCAGUUAAGAGUUUUUAAGAGUGAGGCUUAAGUUAGGGUAUUCAGGAUAGAAGAUUAUUUUCCAUUAAAAGUAGGCCUUAGACAGUGAUGUGUGAUGUCACCGUGGUUGAUUAACAUAUUUAUAGAUGGGAUUGUACGAGUAGCGAGUGCUGGGAUGUUGGCAAGAGGUUUGGGAUUGAAAGAUAAAAAAUCUAGUGUACAGUGGGAGUUGUCAAAGUUCCAGUUUGCCAAUUUCAGUACUUUUAGAAGAUUCUGAAGAAAAGUUGCAAAGGUGGUGGAUGAAUUUGGGAGGGAAUGUAAAUGGAAAUUAUAAGUGAAUAUUAGAUAGAGGGUAACAAAAACUUAAGUAAUAAAAGACUGGAUAUCAGAUUGGAGGGAGGGAGUAUAAAGGAAGUGAAUGUGUUCAAAUAUUUGGGAGUGGACUUGUCGGCAGACUGUUCUAUGAAAGAAGAGUUUAACCAAAGAACUAAGGAGGGGGGGAAAGGUGGGUGGUAUAAUGCGGCAUCUGAGACAAAGAAAAUUAUCCAUGGAAUCAAAAAGGGCAAUGUUUGAGAGCAUAGUUGUGUUAAUACUCUUAUGUAGGGGUGAAGCAUGGGUUGUAAAUGUUGCAACAAAGAGGCUGGAGGCGGUGGAAAUGUCGUGUCUGAGGCUAAUAUGCUGUGUUAAUAUUAUGUAAAGAAAUCGCAGUUUGGAUAUUACGAGGUGCAGGAUUACUAAAAGCAUUUUCCAGAGGGCUGAAGAAGGGCUGUUGAUUGAGAUGGUUUAGACAUUUAGAGAGGAAGGAGCAAAAUAGAUUGACCUGGAAGGUGUAUAAAUCUGUAGUGGAGGAAUAGUCGGGGUAGGGCUCGUCCUAGGAUAGUUUGGAGGGAGUGUAAGAGGUUUUGUAUGCGAGGAACUUGGACAUCCAUCAGGCAAGUUAGAUGGAAGUGGAGGAAAGUGAUUUUUAUGACGACAUGCUGCUGGAGUGUCAGCAAGAUAAUGUUUAUAAAGGGAUUCAGGGAAAUUGGUUAGCCUGACUUAAAUUCUGGAGGUGUGAAGUACCAGUGCAUAUACUCUGAAAGAGGUGUUGUGAUAUUUACAGUUUGGCGGGGCAUCUGUAGCAUUAAUGCUCCUCUAGCAAGACAGUGAUAACUGAAGUAUUUACCUUCUAUCUGGGAUCACCCUGCCUCGGUGGGAGACUGCCGGUCAGUGUGUUAAAUAAAUAAAUUAAAUAUAUAUAUAUGAAAAAUAUCUGGAGAUUAAUCAGCAGAGAAAGCUUAGGGAUCGAAUGGACUUGACAAUUAAAAAUAGGCAAGGAGAGUUAUUAGAUGGUGAGUUGAAGGUAUCGGGAAGAUGUAGAGAAUACUUUGAGAAACCUAAAUGUUGAUGAAUAUUGGGACGCUGGGAUUUCGUGCAUUGGCCAGGGAGGAAUAAUAUCUUUUAGGCGUGAGGAAGAGCCAGACGUUAGUGAGGAAGUGCGUGAGGAAGUGGGUAGAAUGAAAGGGGAUAAGGCAGCUGGGAUUGAUGGGAUCAAGACAGAAAUGUUAAAAACAGGUGUAUAUAUAUUUUUGGAAUGGUUACUGAUUUUAUUAUAUAAAUGUAUGAAAGAGGGUAAGGUACCUAGGGACUGGCAGAGAGCAUGUAUAGUUCCUUUGUAUAAAGGCAAAGGGGACGAAAAGAGUAAUAUUUAUAGGGAAUAUGCAUGUUGAGUACAGCUGGUAAGGUGUAUCUUAAGACAGAGAGCAGGAUCGCAGUUGAACAAGGACCAUGUUAGAAGCAAGUAAAGACAAAUGGUUUUUAUGACUUCACGUGCUGUUGGAGUGCGAGCAAGACAACGUUUAUGUAGGAAAUCAGGGAAAUCGGUUCUUGAGUCCUUCACCCUGAAGUAGGGGUGAAGAUAUGUUGCAGUUUUGAAAUGUAGUGAAAGCAUGCAUCUGGCAAGACAGUGAUGGAGUGAAUGAUGAUGAACGUAUUUCUUUCUUUCGGCUCAACCUGUCUAGUUGUGAAACGGCUGUGUUACUAAUAAAUAUAAAUAAUAAAUAUAGACAUACAUAAUACAAACUCUCAGUGUAUAUACACAGAGAAACAUAUUUCAAUGUAUAUACCCUUUGGAUCACAUGUUUACUUCGAGUUUUUAACACAGCAGAAAGUAAUAAAUACUUAUAAUAGGGUGGUUAAAUUCGGACAGGGGACACCUGAGGACUGGAGAAUAGGGCACAGGGGACACCUGAGGACUGAAGGCUAGGAUACAGGUGACACCUGAGGACUGGUGACUAGGACACAGGGGAUACCUGAGGACUGAAGGCUAGGAUACAGGUGACACACCUGAGGACUGGAGACUAGGACACAGGGGACACCUGAGGACUGGAGACAAGGACACAGGGGACACCUGAGGACUGGAGACAAGGACACAGGGGACACCUGAGGACUGGAGACAAGGACACAGGGGACACCUGAGGACUGGAGACUAGGACAAAGGUGACACACCUGAGGAGUGGAGACUAGGACACAGGUGACACACUUGAGGAGUGGGGACUAGGACACAGGGGACACCUGAGGACUGGAGACUAGGACACAAGGGAUACACCUGAGGAGUGGAGACUAGGACACAGGUGACACAUCUGAGGACAGGAAACUAGGACACAGGGGACACCUGAGGACUGAACACCUUGAAGCUAAACACCCGAGGCACGAAACAGGAAGGUAAUGUAAGGAAGGACAGAGAUGAUUUGGACUACUCUAAAAGGCCACUUCCUUAGACCACUUCCUAAGACCACUUACUAAGACCACAGUCACCUCAUUACACUACACAGUAGUCUGAUCAGUCUUCCAAAACGUACCCCACUCUGUAUAAACAGUAGGUAUUGAGGUUUCGAACCAUGCCCCACGCAUAUAGCGCAUUCUUCUGUUCAAUGUCAUUUAUUUCGAACUGGGUUUAUGUACUCCACUAUCAUUAUACGUACAGGAAAGCUCUAAAAUUGCAGAGGUUACUCAGAGCUUUGAGAAUGGAAUGCAAUCGGGUUAAAUUCAAGGAAUGAAAGGGCGCUAAACUGCGAAGGUUAUCCAGCGCCUUGAGAAUGUUAUGUUAAAUUUCAAGAAAGAAUAGCUACUACUGCUUGGAAGGUAUUCCAUUAAAUAGUUUUGGUCCCAGUUUCUGGGUUUAUUGGCUUGAUUUUAUGAGUGGUGCUCUUAAAUGGUUUAGCUGCCUAAUAAACAGAUUUAGUGCCGUGUUAGUUGUGGUUCUAGUAAAUAGAUUCACCCGCUAGAAACUUCGGAUUGGUGCUGUAAGUGUCAGGAUUUAGUGACUACCCAGGUGAGACUAUUCUGUCAGUAUUAAAGGGAACUGUUAGUAGGCUCGGUAGACCGUGAGUAGUUUAAACGUCCCGGUGCAGAGAUUUAACGAACCGGUAACGAACCAGUAAGGAAGAAAUCACAAUAAAACUCGUUAUUAAAAAUAAUAAAAACAGUAAAUUAUUAUAAUCAAAAAGAAGCGCUAAGCCACAAGGGCUAUACAGCUAAAAAAAAAAAAAAACAGUAAAAAUAGGGAAUAAAAUCUGAUUUUUUCACGUGUUUAAACACAUCUGAAGAUAUAUGUGUGAACACAUGAAAAAUACCAGUGAAAAUAGGAAGAAAUAUGCUCAUUUUCUUUCCUAUUUUCACUCUGGUAUUUUUUCAUACCCCAGUAUCGAAGUAAUGCUCGGUACGCACGCGAAAUUGUCUGAAAAUUGGCGUCACUAGUUACGAGCGUAAAAAUUAAAUAACUUGGUAAUUUUAGGGAUUUUUCGAGUAUAUUGGGUUAUGAUAGAUUGUUAGGUUUGAAACCUAUCUACUACACGAGUCUCAUUAAGGCCCCAAAUCACCUGAAUCAAUGUAUACAAGAAUAUAGAAGAAAAAGGCACAAUGGAAAUAGAAACACUUUAUCCAGAGUCCACUGUGUGGGCGAAACGUUGUCAAUAAAGGAUGACAUUAUACUGCUUAUAUGUUUACAUUUCCAUUGUGUCGGUAUUUUAUACCAUUUAUUUCCAGAAAGGCACAAUGCUGUGACGGGAACAAUACACAAAUUACCCUCACAUAUGAGGAGCUCACGACCAUGUUUCGAACAGUUAAUGGUCCAAGUACGACCGAAACGUUAUAAAUCUCUAUGUGCGGGUUAUUUGUGUUUCAAUUCUUUAAAUAGGGAUUAGAGCACGGAAUUUAUGUAUCCAAAAAUAUUUUGAUAAAAUUGCUAACAUUAGUAAACAACUGCUAAAGUGUAACCCAAAGCCUACACGAGAUCCUUACUUGAGCAUAUAAGACGCAGGGUGAUUUACAAGGCUUUUAUGGGGGAAAAGGUGCGCCUUAUAUGCCGAGUAAUGCGUUAAUACACAGACACGUACCCUGGGAUAUGACUUCAUGGCCUCUUUUGAGUCGAUUCAGGUGACAUCACGUGGUUCUGCAUGCCAAUUCGCUGACCAGGUGUGUGCACUUAUUCAGCGGCCACCUGGUGUACGCUCUGCGAGGCUGCUACGUAAUUUCAUUACGUUUUCUGUAAGGUUUCAGUAUUCCUGGUGCGGGAAUGCCGCGGUUUCGUUACAUGGUCUCGAAAACUAUGUUAGAAUUUAGUCAGUGAGAGGCGUAUCACUUUUUUUUUUACCUAGGCAUUCGAAAAAAAAAAAUAUAUUGCAAGUCUGCAAUAUUUUUUUUUAAUAAUUUAAAUUUAAAAAAUCCGUGGAUUAUAAAUUAAGCUCGAUUGGUAGCGCACUCAGCUCACACACUGAGGUCCGUGGUUCGAUCCCCGGUACGGGUGGAAACCGUGUUUCCUUAAGACACCUGCUGUCCCUGUUCUCCUAGCACUGAAAUCGGUACCUGGGUGCUAGUCGACUGGUGUGGGUGGCAUCCUGGGAGCAAAAUUAACCUAAGUUGCGGGAAAUGUUGUGCAUAACCAGGGGCAUUCUAUAUAGUAUGUCAUUGGUGUCAGCUUUGGUCUGUAUAAGUUGAGUCAUGUACUUGAAAAAAUAAAGAUCAUUAAUUUUGUCGAAAUUCAACACAGUGAAAAAGUACGUAAUUUCCAUUAUUUUUUUCAGUUCUUAAUUCGUCAUUUCAUAUAAUUUUUAAUACUCUUUAAGCCUGUCAGAAAAAAAUAGUAUAUUAAAUAAAUGUUUCGGAAGAAAGUUAACAGAAAAGUCUUUCUAAAUUAUUACACAGAACUUGGAGAGGAAAAUCCUUAAAAAUAUUUUAGUAUCCCUUUUUUGAGUAAAAAUCCUUAAAAAUAUAUAAGUAUCCCUUUUUUGAGUAAAAAUCCUUAAAAAUAUUUUAGUAUCCCUAUGAGUAAAAAUCCUUAAUUUUUUUUAGUAUCCCUAUGAGUAAAAAUCCUUAAAAAUAUACAAGUAUCCCUUUUUUGAGUAAAAAUCCUUAAAAAUAUUUUAGUAUCCCUAUGAGUAAAAAUUCUUAAAAAUAUAUAAUUAUUAUAAUCAAGGGGGAAGCGCUAAACCCGGAGGAUUAUACAGCGCCUGGGGGGGGAUGUGGAAGGUAUUCAGGCUUAAUUCGGGGAAGUGGAGCACAGAUCCAAUUCCCUAAAUCAAGAGCCCCUCACCAACAUCAAGGAACCUUCCUUGAGGGGUAAAAAUAUAUAAGUAUCCAUUUUUUGAGUAAAAAUCCUUAAAAAUAUUUUAGUAUCCCUAUGAGUAAAAAUCCCUUAAUUUU